AUGAUCAACAUCCAGAUUGAGCCUGUCACCUCCACGCAGUCCACGGUGAUCAACAUCCAGAGUGAAUCCCACAUGUCCGACCACUUCAUCAGGUCCCUCUUCAACAUGGCCUUCCUCCACUGCUGCUGCCUGGGCUUCGUGGCCUGUGCCUACUCCGUGAAGUCUAGGGACGGGAAGGUGGUGAAGAUUGUGGGAGACAUGAUUGGGGCCCAGAGCCAUGCAUCCACCGCCAAGUACCUGAACAUCUUCGCUAUGGCCCAAGGCCUCCUGGGAAUCCUCAUUUCCAUCAUUCUUGUCACCACGGGCACAGUGAUGAGCUUUCAAGCCCUGUUACAGAUGAUGGGCCAGCAAUGGCACUAG